AUGGACCUGCCAGGGUACAUUUCCUUCCUCAGGGCGGCACUCGAUAGCUUACCUCCGCACCAUCCCAAUCGCGCCGACGUGCUCGACGAAUUGGCCGAAACCGUGUUAACUCGGUUUGGGAACGAGGGCGACUUCGAUGACCUCGACAGGUGUAUCAGCCUCCGGGAGGAAGCACUUUCACUUCGUCCUCCGGGGCAUCCAGACCGCGCUCUCGCGCUCAGUACCCUAGCGUGCGCCCUGACUGUUCGCUUUGAGAACCAAGGCAAUUUCCCAGACCUGGCGAAGGGUAUUGGCCUUCACGAGGAAGCACUUUCACUUCGUCCUCCGGGACAUCCAGGCCGCGCCCGGUUCCUCUAUAACCUGGCUACUACCCUCUUGAUUCGCUUCAGGAACAAAGGCGACCUCAAAAGCCUGGCCAGGUGCAUCUCCUUUCAUAGGCAGGCGCUGGCUUUGCCUCCUCCCGAACAUCCCGACCGCGCCCUGUCCCUUACCAGCCUGGGGAAUGCUCUCUCAACCCGAUUCGAGAUCAAAGGAGACCUGGGAGACCUGGUGGAGUGCAUUUCCUUACACAGAGAGGCGCUCACUCUAUUUUCUCCAGGGCAUCGCCAUCGCUACAGCGCGCUCAACAGCCUGGCGAGCGCCCUUCUAGCUCGCUUCGAGAGCAAGGGCGACUUGAAAGACCUUGAAGAGUGCAUCGACUUCCGCUCAGUAUCACUUAACAACCUGGCGACCGCCCUCCUUGUUCGAUUUGACAACAAAGGCGACCUCAAAGACCUGGAGAAGGGUGUUAACCUUCACAAGGAAGCGCUUUCUCUUCGCCCUCUGGGUCAUCCCGCCCGCGCCGAGUCGCUCAACAACCUGGCGUGCGCCCUGUAUACUCGCUUCAAACGCAAAGGCGACGCGGAAGACCUGGAGAUGUGCAUCCACUUCAACAAGGAAGCACUUUCUCUCCGUCCUCCGGAACACCCCAAACACGCCGGGUCGCUCGACAACCUGGCAAGCGCCCUUUUUGCCCGCUUCCAGAGCAAAGGCGACCUCGAAGACCUGGACAGAUGUAUUUCGUUUCAUAGGCAGGCGCUGGUUUUAUUUCCUCCGGGACAUCCCAGCCGCGGCAAGUCGCUCACCAACCUGGCGGAUGCCGUCUCAGCCCGCUUCGAGAACAAAGGGGACUUGGGAGACCUCGCGGAGUGUAUUUCCUUACACAGGGAAGCACUCGCUCUUUUUUCUCCAGGGCAUCCCCAUCGCACCAGCUCGCUCAGCAGCCUGGCGGGUGCGCUGUUGACUCGCUUCGAGAACAAAGGGGCCUUAGAAGAUCUGGAGGAGUGUAUUGUCCUUUACAGGGAGGCGCUUUCUCUCUGUCCUCCAGGGCAUCCCAACCGCGCCGCCUCACUAAACCGCUUGGCAAGCGCCCUGAUGGCUCGCUUCAGGAACAAAGGCGACUUCGAGGACCUGGCGAUGUGCAUCAACCUGCAGCGCGAAGGACUCAAUCUCUGCCCUCCUGGCCAUCCCAGCCGCGCCUCGUUGCUCACCAACCUGGCAAACGCCUUGCUGGCUCGCUUCGAGAGUGAAGGCGAGUCCCGACUCGAAGACAUCGACGAAUGUGUUGACUUCCACAAGGAAGUACUUUCCCUCCAACGUCCUGGCCAUCCUGGCCGUGCCGGCUCACUUCACAACCUGGCCCACACCCUGCUCAUUCGCUUCAGGAACACAGGAGACUUCAAAGAUCUCGAGGAAUGCAUAUCCCUCAACGAGGAAGCAGUUUCCCUCUUCCGUCCAGGGCAUGCCGACCGUACCGCCUCACGUCAAAAUCUGGCCCUCGCCCUGUAUAUUCGCUUCGUCAGCAAACGAGACUCGAAUUUCAGCGACCUGGAGCAGGCGAUUAUCCAUUCCCGAGAGGUAUUGCUUUGCCGCUCUCCUGGGGACGAAACGGAAUCCAGUCGCCCCGUGUUCAAUCAUCCUGGUUUGUUGAAGACCAUCAUCGGCCAUGUGCUGCUUCUCAAAGCGAAGCACAAGGCUCUGGGGGAUAACGAUGCUCUCGAGGAGAUGUUUGAGCUUCUUGAAGCUGGGGCUCAGUGCCAUAACGCAUUGCUUUUGGACAAGAUGAACCACGCCAAGUUAUGGAGCUCAACCUGCCUCGAAUUUAAUCGUCACGAGACCGCAUUGAAGGCUUAUGCACACGGCGUGUCUCUCCUCCCCCUCCUAGCCUCUCUCGACCUCACGCUCCAACAACGCCAGAAUGUCCUUGUCCACGCGAAAGAUUUGUCAAAGGACGCAGUUCAUUGUGCAAUCAAUCUAAGAGAACUCGAGACGGCGCUCUGGUUUCUCUCCACCUCCCGAUCUGUGUUUUGGUCUCAGGCUCUUCAAUUCCGGGCUUCAUUCGACCGCCUGGAUGCCCUCCAUCCGGAUCUUGCAUCCGAAUUCCGAACGGUCACACACCAACUGCAAAUCGAGACCCAACAACACCCACAAGCCGACCUUGUUCCGGUCGAGAGCACCCCGUCACUUCGUCCGUACCUUCUUUCUCGGAAAAGAGAAGAAAUCAUCGCGACGAUUCGAACCAAGGACGGCUUUCACGAUUUCCUGCUCCCUCCUUCGCCCGAUGUCCUCAAAAACGCAGCGCGCAAAGGACCUGUUGUUUUUCUGAAUGCCAGUGCAUUCGGAUCCUAUGCGCUCAUCCUCAAGGAGGAUGGCAGUCUUAGUCGCAUUGAAAUAUUCACCGACUUCAACCUUUUGAAACUUUUGGUGGCCACGGUUCGGAGUCUGGCGGGAGGGGUUGGGCGAACCGAUGGUGAUGAGUCCGAUGACCUUUCUGGAGAAGAGGACCGUGCCUGCAGACCCCGCUCCAGCAAGAGUCGAACGAUCCAAGACAAAUUUCGAGUUGUCCUGAGUGCACUUUGGGAGAAUGUAGGCGAGCCCGUUAUUUCUGCACUAGGAUUGGAAAAGACCACCAACCCGCGUAGGAUCUGGUGGUGCCCAACGGGCCUUUUCGCCUUCCUUCCUAUCCAUGCCGCUGGAAUCUACCCUACCUCUCCUUCUCAGGAAUCCAACUGCCUAUUCGACUAUGUCGUGUCUUCCUACUGCUCUACUCCGCAAGACCUCAUCGCACCACCACCAGAGCCCAAUCCCGACUUCAAGAUGCUUGUUGCUAUCGAACCGGAAGGGCAUCAUUUGGGGGCAUCGGGCCUUCCAGCCACCAGGAAAGAACUCGAGAAGAUCGAGUCGCGCAUCCCAGAAAAGGAUCGUUUGGUCGCCCGCAUUGGGUCAAAGGCGGCAACGUCUGGAAAAACAUCCAUUCUGGACGACAUCAGCACUGCAACGAUCGUCCAUUUCGGAUGCCAUGGCAAGCAGAAUCUAUCGAACGCGCUUGACAGUUGUCUGCUACUCAGCGAAGGGCGCUUGACGAUGUCGUCGUUGAUUCGGAAUUGCCAGACUUCGACGGGUGCUCUUGCUUACUUGAGCGCGUGCGAGACUGCGAUGGGUGAUGAGGCGCGUCCGGACGAGUCUCUCACUCUGGCUGCCACGAUGCAGUUUGCGGGUUUCCGAAGCGUGGUUGCUACCAUGUGGGUAAUUCACGACGAGGAUGGCCCGAUCGUGGCUGAUGCUUUUUAUCGCCAUCUCUUCCGUCACGGUACUGCGGCCCCGCCAGACAUCACUGAUGCGGCGUACGCACUGCACCUUGCUGUGAAGGCGUUAAGGGAACAAGGAAGGCCGUUCCAUCGUUGGGUUCCUUUUGUUCAUCAUGGAAUUUGA